UAUGUACCUGUUGUAGACUUCAGUUUUCCAUUGUUACUAAUCGUUCACUGCAGUCAAACAAUAGCGAUUUGGUUCCAUAUAGAAAAUCGCUGUUACAUUGGCACUUUUGUUCCUCAAAUGGAUUACUAGUCCUUGAGGUACGAACAAAAUAAGCAAUGAACAAAACUAAUAACCAACACAAUUGUUUCAUUCUCUCACUCGCUUGCUCGCGCUAACACACUCACUCACACAGUUUCUAUCCACAAUGGUGCGCUCCAUGCGGUAGCCAGUGAGCGCGUGUUUUGUUUUGCUAGGCUUGUGUUUAUAUGGUAACUAAUGUAUUGGGCGCCCAGUUAUCAAUUCGAAUAAACCAGCGUCGAUUUGAAAGCGUCGCUUGGUAUGAUGUAGCCGUGUGUUCGGUGAAAAAGAGGGUGAUUUGAAUAUUGUGAGAAAUAAAAAAAGUAUUUGUGGUUAAAAAUAAAAGAACACGGCAUUGUGUACUAAAUAUUUCGACUGCAUUGAAACACAUUGGUGUUCUUGUUUGAUUCGGCUUCAUAUAAUCGGCAGCAUGCUGAUUAAUUGCCCAAUCAUUCGAUGGUUUCCAAUUGCAAAAGCCAUUUUACCGUAGACAAAGUAUUUGUCCAUAUUUACCCAUUGAUAAAUGGAUGAUAAAACUUAGCGCCAUUUUUCUCCCCAUUUCAAUGAUGAGUAUGAAUGAAACUGAACCAACCGACCAGAACUAAAGCAAGAAGAAGAAGAAGAACACAAGUGAAAGGGAAACAAAUCGAAAAUGACAGCACUUUGUGCGGUUUUAUACAUCAAAUCGAAAUCAUUACCGUCGCUAUCGAUUGCUAACAUUCAGUUUCGGUGAACUCGUUGAAACAUUUUGAUAUUGUCGUACUACAUGACUGUGUGUGAAUUCGGCUCAAUUCAGUGACAAUUUUACUGUUUCGGUGUUCAGAAGCAUUUCAUUGGGUGAUCUUAGUAGAGAGUGGAAAUGUCGUGGCUGUCGGAUCAUUUGUUUGGGGUACCAAAGCCGAGGGAAGCAGCCGCCAUUGGGCUUGCAUCGCCAACUGUUGAUGAGGCUCCAGCACCUACUCCAGACAAUCCAGUUGUUGUUGCUGCUGCUACUACUGCUCCAGCUUCGGGUGAAAUUCAAAAUUACACAGUCACAACGAGCAAUACAUUGGCCAGCGAUGAGCCAAACGCAUAUGAGACCCGAGAAGUUGCGGCAGAAUGGCAAGUACCGGUCCGUGGAAAACUUCACAAAAUUGAAUUUGAACAUGGCACAACCAGCGGACGACGCAUUCUUUGGAUUGAUGAAAAGGAGAUUUUUCGCCGUGACUGGAUGUUCAAAUUAGUGGGUGAUGAUGUGUUCGAGUUGGAUGAACUGCGAUGCGUCCUUCGAGUCGAUCCAGCGCCUGGUUUCAAGUACAAAUACUCACUAUUCGUAGAUGGAAAACCGUUGGAUCAGUUCAAACAACGGCAAGCGAAAGCUCUACGAAUUUGGGAGGCUACAAUCAAUGAGACUAAUUAUCGUGUCGUUUUAGAAAAAGACACAUUAAACAUAUUUUUGAAUGGGACAUUGCGUGAAGAAGAGGGUGAAUUCAUGGAUAACGGAACUGAAACUAAAUGGGAAGAGGAUGGCAAUGUAUUUAUUUUAAGUGCCCGCAACAGUGGCAAUAAACACGAUGGUCUACUGCACCAGCUAACAAUCAAUGGUGCCGAAAUUCAAUCGUCAAACAUCACCGAGUGAUGCAAUUUAUUUCAUUUUUUGUACUUCUUAAAGUGUUGAAAUUCUCCUUUUUUUCUUUGAAAUAAGUGAUUCUAUUAAAAGUUGUACUUAUGUAUAUGUGUGCCUGCUCAAUUUGUGUAAAUCUACGACAAAUAAACUCUUGCUCAAUACAAUAAA